AUGCAACCCUACAGUUUCCCAAUGGAUGCUCCGGUUCCUCAUUCCUCACAUACUCUGUUGGAACUCUGCACCAAUCUCCUGCAAAAAUCUCUCAACUCCAAUGGCCGUUUCACGGCGCAAUUGGUUCAUUGUCGCGUCAUCAAAUCGGGACUCGUGUUCAGCGUUUACCUCAUGAACAAUCUGAUGAACGUCUACUCGAAAACCGGCUAUCCUCUUCACGCACGCAAGCUGUUCGAUGAAAUGCCUCUGAGAACGGCUUUCUCAUGGAACACGGUUCUCUCUGCCUAUGCGAAACGAGGAGACAUGGAUUCCACGCGUGAGUUCUUUGACCAGCUUCCUGAAAAGGAUUCUGUUUCUUGGACCACGAUGAUCGUAGGGUUUAAGAAAAUCGGUCAGUAUCAAAAGGCUAUACGAACUAUGGGGGAAAUGAUGAAGGAAGGGGUCGAGCCGACGCAGUUCACGCUUACGAACGUUCUUGCAUCCGUCGCUGCAACUCGCUGUUUGGAUACAGGUAAAAAGGUCCACUCUUUCAUCGUUAAGCUUGGCCUUCGUGGGAACGUUUCGGUGUCGAAUUCGCUGCUUAGUAUGUAUGCAAAAUGUGGCGAUCCAAUGAUGGCGAAAGUCGUUUUUAGUAGAAUGGUGGUUAGAGACAUCUCAAGCUGGAAUGCUAUGAUUGCGUUACACAUGCAGGUUGGUCGGAUGGAUCUUGCCAUGGCACAGUUCGAGCAGAUGGAUGAGCGCGAUAUAGUCACUUGGAACUCUAUGGUUUCUGGUUAUAACCAGUGUGGUUACGAUCUCAGAGCUCUAGAUAUGUUUUCAAAGAUGCUGAGGGAGUCUCUCUUGUCACCGGAUAGAUACACUCUUGCGAGUGUGUUAUCUGCUUGCGCCAAUCUUGAGAAGCUUCGUAUAGGGAAGCAGGUUCAUUCGCAUAUUGUGACGACAGGGUUUGAUAUCUCUGGCAUUGUGUUGAACGCACUCAUCUCGAUGUAUUCGAGGUGUGGAGGGGUCGAGACUGCGCGAAGACUCAUUGAACAGAGAGGAACCAGUGAUCUCAAGAUCGAAGGUUUUACAGCUUUGCUUGAUGGGUUCAUUAAGCUUGGAGAUAUGAAUCAAGCAAAGGUCAUAUUUGAUUCGUUGAAAGUUCGAGAUGUAGUUGUAUGGACCGCCAUGAUUGUUGGAUACGAGCAACACGGUUUGUAUGGUGAAGCUAUAAACCUUUUCAGGUCAAUGGUUGGAGAAGGGCAGAGACCAAACAGCUACACACUUGCAGCAAUGUUGAGUGUAGCUUCAAGCUUAGCGUCAUUGGGACAUGGCAAGCAAAUACAUGGGAAAUAUGACGACAUGGCAUUUUUAGAGUCUUUAGUAUUACUAGAGAUCAUGGUGCUUAAAGGAGAAAUACAUAGAUACAUGGAGAUGAAGAUCUUGGUCGGCAUAACAGAGAGAGCCCACACUUGUUUGGCUUACGUGGCAGGUCCGGGCAGAUCUAACGGUUUCCGUAACUAA